AUGUCCCCCCGCCCCGCGAGCGCCUCGAGCACAAUGUACGACGACUUCCUCGCCGCGCACCUGCGCCUGCACGACGAGCGCCUCGAGCCCCGCGCGCACGCGCUCCACGCCCUAUCGGUCCGCGCCCGCACGCCCCGCGGCACGCGCCUCACCCUCGAGACGGGCGCCGUCGCGUCGGGCGUCGCGCCUCGUGGCCGGCGCCGCGUCGAGUCGGCGCUCGUGUGCGAGAGCCAGUGGAACCCCAUGACGACGUCGCGCGUCUGCCUCUCGUCGUCGCGCCGCCUGUCGCUGCACGCGCAGCUGCAGACGAGCGACGCGCUCUGCUGGACGCUCGACGCGCACGAGUCGGCGACAGAGAAAGUGCCGCUGUCGUUUGCGCGUCUGGGGGCGACGCACGCGAGUCGGAGCGGCUGUGCCGACGUCUGCGUCGAUGUGGUCAAUGGGCCGACCGUAGCGGUGGCGCUGUGGCGGCGCUGGGACAGGUGGGCCGCGGGCGGCGCUGCGGCGUACGACGUCGGACUCGACCGGAGCGACCGCCGCGGACGGUGCACGACGUUGGACGUGAGUGCGAGUUACUUGCACGACGGGCUGUCGACGCUGCUGCAAGUAAAGGACGGUGGACGGACCGUGCAAUUGGACUUGACGCAGACCGUGUCACCGCUUUUGGCACUGAGCUCGAGGUUUGUGUGCGACAGCAGAAGAGACAAUCGGUCGCUGAGGGUGCUGGGCAAGUACGCGCUGAGUCCGACGGAGACUGUGUCUGGCUCGAUCGGGUCCGACGGCAUUUGUAUCGGCGCGUUCGAGUGGCGCACGUCAAAGCACUUGAAGACGCGCGUAGCAGCGCAAAUGGACUUGCGGCACUAUGACAGCGACUCGCACCACGUGGGCGUAUCGAUUGAGAUCGGCUGA